GGGUCUGUCAAUAGUAGAGUAGCUUAGGCGCCAAUAACAAUAGUCGAGUCUUCCUCAGUGCAGGGCAAACAGUGCAGGGUUUAGCUUGGCAGAAAACUAGGGUUUUGUUCUUCUUCAUCUCUCUCUCACCUCUGUGCGUUUCCUAAUUGACUGUCCUGAAAGUUAGAGAAAGAUGUUGUAUGUGAUAGGAUUGGGUUUGGGAGAUGAGAAGGAUAUAACUCUGAAAGGGUUAGAAGCUGUGAAGAAAUGUGAUAAAGUUUACAUUGAAGCCUAUACUUCGCUCCUUUCUUUUGGUCUCUCAUCUAAUGGUCUCUCUUCACUGGAAGAGCUGUAUGGUAAAUCCCUUAUAGUUGCAGACAGAGAGAUGGUUGAGGAAAAAGCAGACGACAUAUUGUCGGAAGCUCGUGAGUCUAAUGUUGCUUUCCUUGUUGUUGGGGAUCCUUUUGGAGCUACAACACAUACAGAUCUGGUAGUUCGAGCACAGAAAUUGGGGAUACAAGUCAAGGUGAUACACAAUGCUUCGGUAAUGAAUGCAGUUGGACUUUGUGGUUUACAACUCUACCGCUAUGGUGAGACAGUUUCAUUGCCGUUUUUUACCGACACAUGGAGACCCGACAGUUUCUAUGAGAAGAUUCAGAGUAACCGUGUACUUGGAUUGCAUACUCUCUGCUUAUUAGACAUACGUGUCAAAGAACCCUCACUAGAAUCCUUGUGCAGAGGAAAAAAGCAAUACGAACCUCCGAGGUAUAUGACAAUUAAUACUGCCAUUGAACAGUUGUUGGAGGUUGAGCAUUCACGUGGACAAGCUGCAUACAGUGAAGAAACCACUUGUGUUGGUUUAGCCCGUCUUGGAAGUGAUGAUCAGAUGAUAGUUGCUGGGUCAAUGAAAGAACUACUAGGUGUUGAAUUUGGAGCACCUCUACAUUGUCUUGUCAUAGUCGGGAAAACCCAUCCUGUGGAAGAAGAAAUGCUGGAAUUUUACAGUUUUAAGAAAGCAUAGAGAAGCUUACAGAAGGCAAAAAAAAUGAACCCCAACACUAUUCUGUGUUUUUGCUCCUUGAAGUCUGUCGUCCUCAUCAUUUCUCAAGUACCAUUUGUUGAACAGAUUUUGUCUAUUAGUUAUUGCUUGUACUAUAUUAUGAUGGUUGUUCAUUGAGAACAAGUUCUGGCAUGGUAUUUGAAUGAAGAAUUACCUUCUUUUAUAAUAGAAAAGUUGUUUUUCGAGCAUUGUAGUAA